AUGGCGCCCGCCCACGCGCUUUCACUCCUCACCACCAUCCUCCUCCUCCUCCUCUUCACCUCCACCCCACCAUCCGCCGCCGCAGCUGCCCUCGAGCAUCCCCCGCCCCACCACCCCAGCCCCGCAGACUACAAGAUCUACAUUGUGCUGCUCAAGCCUCGCGCGGACGGCGCCCACCUCACCAUGGACGACGACGCGCGCCGCGACUGGCACAUGUCCUUCCUCCCCAGCGCCGUCAUUGACAACGGCAAGCCGCGCCUCGUAAGCUCGUACGGUACACUGUUCCAGGGCUUCGCCGCCUGGCUAACCGAGGAGGAGCUGGAGGCACUCUCCAGGAAUCCCGGCUUUGGCCGGUGGUUCCCGGACGGCGACAUGUACCUCGACACGACGCAUACACCGGACUUCCUCGACCUCAACACGGUUUCCAGCUACAUCUGGGACAGCUCCGGCUACGGGAAGGGAAUCAUCGUCGGAGUAAUGGACACCGGCGUCAACUCCGGUCACCCAUCGUUUGACGACACGGGGGUGCCUUCGCCGCCGGCCAGGUGGAAGGGCACCUGCGCGGCCACGGGCGGCUUCCGCUGCAACAACAAAAUCAUCGGCGCCAGGUCCUUCGUCGACGGCAGCUCCGGCCCAGGGGAUGAGAACGGUCACGGCACCCACGUGGCCUCGACGGCGACCGGGAAUUUCGUCGGCAACGCCUCCUACUUCCACGGCGGGCAGGCCGCCGGGAAGGCUGCUGGGACUGCUCCAUUAGCGCACUUGGCCAUAUACAAGGUCUGCGAUCUCGGCAGAUGCCCCUACCGGGCCGUCGUCGAUGGAUUUGAGGCGGCUGCGAGGGACGGCGUCGACGUCAUCUCCGCCUCCCUCAGCCGAAAAGAUUUGCCAGCGCCACCAUACUACGAGGAUGCGGUGACGAUAGCCGCGUUCCGCGCCGUCGCAAAGGGCAUCAUCGUCGUCUCCGCGGCCGGAAACAGAGGGCCAGACCGAUCGUCUGUGCGGAACGAUGCGCCGUGGCACUUCACCAUCGGCGCCGGCACUGUGGACAGGCGGAUCUCCGGCGACUUGGUGCUGGAAGAUGGCGAUCUCGUGGAAGGAGAGGCGCUCGUGCAGGGCGUCAACGUCAACAAAUACUUCCCCCUGCACUGCCCCGGCGAGGGUGACCGGAAGUGCUUGGGCGUGAGCGCUGACAGCGCGAGUUCGCACAUCGUCAUCUGCGAUCUCGUAGCCCCUUCGGUUGUCAAGAAUCUCUACGACAGAGGCGCGGCGCAGGUGGUGAUCGUCAUCCCGGAGAAAAAGGGCCACACAUCGUCCCUGCUCGACUACGGGGCGUCAACGGUGCAGGUGCCCGCCACCACGGGCCAGAAGAUAAGGGAGUACUGCCAGUAUCCAGACGCCGCCGCGCAGGUGUCUUUCAGAGGCACGUUGGUGAACGUUGGAGGGGCGCCCAUGGUGGCCGCCUUCUCCAGCAGGGGCCCGAGCCCCAACAACCCGUUCAUCAUUAAGCCGGACAUCCUGGCGCCGGGAUUGAACAUUCUCGCCGCCGGUGUGGAACAGGACAUGCCCUUCGUAUUCAAGUCGGGGACGUCGAUGGCGACGCCCCACGUCAGCGGCGUGGCCGCUCUGCUGAAGAACCUGCACCCGGAGUGGUCGCCGGCAGCAAUUCGGUCCGCCAUCAUGACCACGGCGAGCAUCUACGACAACGUGGGAGAUAUUAUCCUGGACGAGCAGCGGCAGAGGGCAAGCGUCUUCGACCUCGGGGCUGGCCACAUCACACCCCAGGCCGCCGUUAGCCCCGGCCUGGUCUACGACAUGGACGCGAGCGACUACGCUGCGUUCAUCUGCAACGCCUUCGCCCCCCACGGCCACGACGACAUCCAGGACAUAAUCGGAGGUCUCGGACUCAACUGCUCCACCUUGCCCGCCGGCGUGCGGGACAUCGAUCUGAACUACCCCAGCUUGGUGGUGCCGACGAACACCACCGUGCAGCGGACGCUCACCAAUGUCAUGACGGGAUCGGCGGUAGGGGAAAUCUACCACGCCUAUGUGGACAUGAGGGACUCGGUGCAGGUGAACGUGUCGCCCAAUAAUCUUAGCUUUGUCAUUCCGGGCGAGAAGCACAGUUUCCAGGUCUCGGCCGACUACAAAGGGAAGAACACGCAGGUGGAGGGAGUCCUGUACUGGCAGUCUCCCUCCCACCGGUCUCCCCCACCCCUAUGCAAAUGGUUUCACUGGAUAGACACGGAGAAGCCGGGUUGGGUGCGGCAGGAGGUUGAGGAGAAACGCCAGCGUGAGUGGGCAACGUUCUUUGAGGAGGAGCAUCAGGAAAAGGCUCAUGCUAAUGCUAAAGCAGAGCGAGAGAGACAGAUCCAGAAACUUAGGGCGGAACAAGCUCGUAAUCGGGAGGUGAAUCAGAAGAUGUUGGAUGAUGAGGUUGCACGUAGGUUUGUAGAGAAAGAGGUGCGCAGGGAGGCUCGUGAAGCGGAAAGGAAGAGACUAAGGGAAAGAGCUUCUGAGGCAACAAGUCUGGAAAAUGGCCACGGUGGACGCAGGAAAAGUAGUGUGUUGUGUCGUACUGGCUAUGUAUCUUAA